UAAACCCCGGAAGUGGGACGCUAAGGACAUGGCUCAAGUCAGAUAGCCCCGUGUGUACAAAAAGCUUCAAGAUGAACUCUCUCCGGUGGAAAACAUGGGCCUGGGGGCAGUGGCUCGUCCUUAUCGUGAUGUUGGAAAGUUGUUUAAGUCCGGUGCAGUGCUUUGGUGGGAACCUAGACAGCGAAUUUACAUAUCUUUUACCACCCGGAAGAUCUGAGUGUUUUUUUCAGUCUGCAAUCAAAAAUGGGACAAUGGAAGUUGAAUAUCAGGUGAUAGCAGGCGCUGGAAUGGAUGUGGACUUUUCCAUCAUCUCUCCACAUGGCAUCAGUCUGUUUUUUGAGCCUCGACGCUCAGAUGGAGUUCAUGUGGUCGAGCCCACAGAGGAGGGGGACUACCAGAUCUGCUUUGACAAUACUUUCAGCCGCUUUUCAGAAAAGUUGGUGUUUUUUGAGAUCAUCAUUGAGGGACGAGGAGGCGAUGUGGGAGGAGACGAUGAGUGGGCGGGGCUGGACGAGCCUGAAGGGAGCUUACUGGAGUAUAAGCUUGAUGACAUUCGGGAGUCCAUGGACAGUUUGCACCGACGUUUGGAACGCAGUCGACAAAUGCAGGUGGUGCUGCGAGCGUUUGAGGCGAGGGACCGAAACCUUCUAGAGGACAACCUGUGGAGAGUUUCUUUUUGGUCCUGUGCCAGUGUGGUGGUCCUGCUGUGCGUGGCUCUCACUCAGGUUUACACUGUACGAAAACUGUUUGAUGAUAAGCGGAGAGUCUGCACAUAGGCUGAAAAUGAACUCUAAGUUUUUAUACCACAAUAAUUUUAUAAUAUGGCUUGUGUCUAAAUCUGUACAAUCCAGGUUGCAAUGCAAUUUGGAAAAGAACACAAAAUACUGAUGAAACUUGGUGACAGUUAGUAAAGUGAUGCAGUUUAUUCCUUAAAGGUGUGUAGAGGACAUUUUGUGCAAUAGAAUGUUCAUAUUACAUUUUUUUUUUACUUUAGAGGCUUCAUCAAUAUUAUGUUACUGACUGUGCCAGUGCAGCUGUGUGCUGUGGAGAUUUAAGAAUGUAAAUUAUUUUUAUUUCAAGCAAACAUUUACAUAUGCAAUGUGUUAAUCAUUUGUAAGUUGUAAAUGUUGUAAAUAUUGUAUUUGUCUGUUGUUUCCAAUAAAGGAAGUUCUCCUAUGUUUGUAACUGACAAAGAAUAUACUUUGACAAGGUACAAUGGUCACAAAAGUUAACUUAACAAAAUAGCUUUUUUUUAAACAAAAUGUUUCUUAAUAGUUUACCCAAAACAACAUAAUAAAGAUGUGAAAGUGCAACUC